AUACUAUAUAUUGUUGCCUGAGAGGAAUGGAAAAAAAUGUCUGAUAUGAAAGAACAUAUAUCGAGUAGUAUGGGCGAAAUACGAAACGGUGUGAGAUUGUACUGCGCAAACGCGUCGAUUCUUUUGACAACGGCCGCUUGUAUAUUUAAAGAGGUUUCGCCAUUAUAAAAUGUCAGUAAUACACGGAAUUUGUUACACGAUGGUAAGAUCUCUUAUCGAUACCAUCAUUAUAUCGUUGAUAUAAAAUAGUGAGGGGGAAACGCGGAAUCGCGGGAAGGAAGAAAGGAAAAAAAAAAUUAAUUGAAAGUUAUGCUACUUAAAAUUAAACAAUUUCAACUACAUAAGCAUCGACGAAUUAAGAUCCACGCGAACGUUAAUGCAUUUAAAUAACAAUCUAUUUGCAGAGUCAUAAAGCUAAUGUGUAAAAAAGAUAUUAGUAAGAUAGAUCCAUAAAAGUCAUCUCUUGUGCGAAUCCUCUUUAUUAUUUGAUAUUACUAUAUGUUCUGAUAUAUAUAUAUUUAUAUAUAUAUAUAUAUGUACUUAGAGAUUUAUCCCAGAACAAAUUAUCCUGACAAUUGAGUUACGAAAAAUAAAAGUGAGAAAAGAUCUAGUCGUUUAAACAUUGAUCAUUGCAUUUCAAUUUUAUUACUCUCUCCCUGGUUCAUUUCUUUUAAAAGAUUAUUCAUUUAACAAAUGCAUAUUCUGCGAAAAUUAUUCGGUAGGUACCUUCUCGUUACAAAUACUAUUAGCUGCGGCUUGAUGAUGGCAGCUGGUGAUAUGAUACAGCAACGUAGGGAACACUGGAAACGGUAUCGUUACGAGGAUUAUUUUUCAAGCGGUGGAACCGCUCGUGUGAUCGCAGCAUCGCUAGAGGAAGAUACAACGGAAGAAGAAGAAAAAAAGAUUAUGGAUGUUGCGACGUUAUACGAACAUAAUUAUGUUCGAACGAGAAACAUGACAUUAGUAGGUCUUAUCCAAGGACCCUUUCAUCAUUGUUUCUAUGGUCUACUUGAGAAAAUAGCACCUGGGAAAAAAGCGAGAUCUAUUAUAAAAAAGACUUUUCUAGAUCAACUAAUCGCUAGUCCUACGUGCCUAAUUAUAUUUUUCGGUGGUCUUGGUCUAAUGGAACGAGACAAAGUCGAAGAAGCUUAUAGGGAAAUCAAAGUGAAAUUGAUCGAAGCUUGGAAAGUCGACUGUUGUUUUUGGCCUCCAGCUCAAUGUGUAAACUUUUUAUUCGUUCCUCUACAAUAUCGAGUACUCUAUAUAAAUGUUAUGACUAUGGUGUACGAUAUUUUUCUAUCGCACAUUAAAUACGUAAGUAUCUUCGCGAAUAAUAUUUCCACGUUUAUUUUUCGAUAGAAUUUUUCAAGGAUCUCUUAUUCGUUUGCAGGAUGCUCACUACGAUUGACAAGAAACUGUGUAUUAGUUAAGGAAUAAAUUGUAUUAGAUCAUAGACUGCGCUAAAUAUGUAUUGUUAUAUUAUAUUAAAUUUAUAGGAUAAGGUUUUUUGAUAAAGGAAAAUAAAUGAAUUUUUUCUUUAA